AUGACGACCAUUACACGAAACUUGCCUUCGUUUAUUCGAGAUCCGGCUAUUGGGCUCAUAGGAACCCGAUGCUACAUUUCACUCGUUGAGAACCUGCACAUCGCAGACACUGUCUGUCUCAAACUCGCAAUAUCCAAAGCGCUUGGAGUCGCAAUUGUCCUUGGAGGUGCCGUUAUGAAGAUUCCGCAAUUACUGCUCAUAUUAAGAGCUAGACAUGCAAGAGGGCUCUCACUGCCGGCAUUUGCGCUAGAGACGCUUGCCUACUUGAUAACACUCGUCUAUGCAUACCGCAACAGCUACCCGUUUUCUACUUAUGGCGAGAACCUCUUCCUCACAAUUCAAAACAUUGCGAUUACGCUCCUCAUCAUUUAUUAUAUGCCGAGCGGCCAAAACCACCUUACAACCAAGCGAGCAAAAUCGAAUGCACCCUCUGUACUGAUAGGAGGAGUCAUAUCCGCAGUGGCGUCGUACACACUCCUUAUUCUUCCCAUGAAUAUGCUACAGUUGUUGCAACUCGGCACUGUACCCAUCUCCCUCUUCUCCAAGAUUCCCCAAAUCCGGGAGAAUCACCGCAAUCAAUCAACUGGACAGCUCUCUGUAUUUGCUGUGGCUUCCCAGGUAUUUGGUUGUGCCGCUCGACUGUUCACAACGGUGACAGAGAUGGGCGACUCCUUGGUCUUUGCAGGGUUUGCACUAGCCUUGGUGCUCAAUGUCGCCCUCGGUGCGCAGAUAUGGAUGUACUGGGGACGUAGCGUUCCAAGCACGAAAGAACAUUGGCCUAGAGAGAAGGAUGACUUUGCAAAUGUCGUCGAGCCCUCGGAAAUACCGAACGCGCAAUACCAGACGAGCCACUUGACUGGGAAUACCGCACCUGCUGCUGGUCGUCGAUGGGCGAGAAAAGUUGACUAG